UAAAUGCACCACCAAUGUGUGUGUGGAUUUUUGGUAAUAAUGCUUGAAAGGGCGUUUGGAAUAGCAGGAAAACCGCUAAUUUUGAUUAAUCGGGCAGGAAAUCAAGUCUUCUAUUUCCUUGACGAUUGAAAAUGAAGACAAAAGGAGGAAAUACUGAUCGAAAACGUGAAUUUCCGGCUUAAAAUGAUGCUCUCUCUUCCUCUCUCUCUCUUACACACACCAAACACUGGGUGCACAAAAAGGAUGCACGGUAAUGUAUGUGUCGCCUUUUCGCGCAUGUGUGUAUCGGAUACUACUAUAGGGACGGAGCGAGCAUGAUGCGGGUCGUCUAAAAGAAGAAAAAAAUUGCCAGCUGCUAGAUCAAGAUAAACCGGUCUUUGUUGGGAACCGUUCUUUGUCCUUUAUCUCUCCUGGUUCCAAGAUUUUUUAAUAACCCCUGUUAUGGUCUGGACUGGCACGCGACCGGCACACGAAUGCGGGACCUACUGGAGUGAGGAGGUUGCAGGAGAGAAGCUCUCUAGCUUUGGACGCCGGGUCGAGCUUCAUAUUAUUCGCCAGUAGGAGAUAGACACAUACAAAUUGAAGAUAACGCCAAGACCCGGGCAUACGACCGUAUGCAAAACUUGUCUGCAUUGAGAGGUUGCACGUACAUGUACGCGUCCAAAUCUGAUACGUACCCGCAGAAACACCCAGACAUCUUGUAAAAAGGAUAAGCCAAGUACAAACUGGAAAACAAGUAUACCUGCACAAAGAACACAAGUAAAACCCGCCGUAACAUGAUACAGGGAUAGGCUAUUAUUAAAAGCGGCAAUGAGAUUCUGCUUGAAACAGAUAACCGCUUGAUGCAUAACGCUUGCUGUAUUUGCUGCAUGCAUUCCAUAUCGCAACGCUGUUAUGUUUGAUUGUUGUUGUUGUAAAGCGGAGGAAUAGUGAUGGUCAGAGAAUUAUUUUUAACGCUCUUGUGCUCAUCAAUAAUUGACAAUUUCAUUGAAUUGCUCGAGCGGGAAGACGCGUGAGAGGAAUAUACACAGGGUUCUUCAUCUGACAAAUAAACUUGACUCGAGAGGAAAAUUACUUUCAACGCAUCGGUGACAACACGGGGAUAACUUCAUCGGGAUGGUAUCUCGAGACUAUUUCUUUUUCUGAAAGCAAUCUCACACGCCAAGGACCAAGAAUGCCCAUGUUAUUGUUGUGAUUUAGUUGUCAAUGUAAGCUGGACUAUGUUUAAAAAUAUACGAACGGCAAAUAAAAGGUCAAUUAAGGUCUGAUAAAAGGGGAAUACUUUCAGUGGAUGCUUAACUAGGACUGGCUUGUUUCGAAGAGCGUAUCGACAUUUCUACACGUUGAAUAACCACCACAGUGUCUCUCCUGGAAAACAGAGUUUGAGAAUUCCUUGAGAUUUGGCGAAGAGUAAGUGCAUGUAGAUUAUUGUUAGAUUUAUAGCGAAGUGGAACAUGCGAAUGUCUUUAACUUCUUAAGGAGGUAACAUGGGGAGUUCGAACAGCAAGAGCAAUACGGACACCUCGGCCCGGUACAGCGUGCCCAAGAAGACCCUCAAGUCAUUCCCCUGGAAGUCGCUCCAAAGACGACAAUGCAGCGUCAACGCCUCCACGAUGACGCACUCGCCGCCGUCCUCCUCCGCGCCAUCGUCACCAUCGAGGACAUCGUCGACGAAUUCGGAGCCUCCGUCACCAACGGCGCGACCGACGGAGUGCCCUCGGAACACCGGAGGUCAAAUCCGCAUCGUCAUCGACCUCGCGCGGUCUUACCAUCUCAGCACCCACGAGAGAUCCAACAUCCGUUGGCACACCUCUUGUCAGUUUGCACCCUUUGAUGAUUCCAGGCUGGUCACAUGUGUGGGUGUGGCCAGUGACGUCACGGGUAGGCGGAUUGAUCUCAGCUCAACCCUGUAUCAGCGAGAUGACGUCGUGCAUGUUUGGAGUCUAGACGGUGCCAAGAAUAAGUGUUAUUCUGUGAGGAAACGACACAACGACAAGGUUCCGGCCCACUGUAGGAUGCUUGGUGAUGGACGCUACAUCUGCUACGCCGAGAGCAACCGUCUGGUUUUCAGGAGCAGCUCCAAUCCCAAACACUUCUUUCUCCGCGACACGCUGUUCCAACCCGGCGGCGUCUUCAAGUAUUGUGCAGUAUCUUCUAACGACUCAUACGCAGCAUCUAUCGUUCAACUGAAGAGCGUUUAUAAACUCUACGUCUUUUCAACGGAUUUCUUUCUGCCGUUUUACGGCCAGGCCUGCCACGAGAUCUACCCUGCGUUUCUCAAUGACUGUUGCAACAACAGCAGCGGAAGGGACUCUGUCGAGUGUCGCUUUACCCCUGAUGCUGAUUACAUCGCCGUGAGCUCCUCGAAAGGAUCACUCUUCAUCGUACGUCGGCAGAACUUGACACUCUUUCGAGGGGUCUUUCCGAGGGUGGAUUCCCAAGGGAAGUCCAUUGCGUUGUCAGGUGUCGGGGCAUAUGCGUUCCAUCCGCUGUUCUCGCAUCACCUAGUGACUUGUUGUACGACGGCGCAGAGACUUGUCACUUACAACGUCAACACGAACGUCUGCACACUGAGCGAGCCCAUGGCCGAAGACAUCGGGGUUCCUGAUCGUCUCAGCUACAACAGCGAAGGAACCAUGGUUGCAGUUGCAGGCUCCAAAUCGCGAAUCGCUGUCUUCUAUUCGGACACGGCACAAGUACUGGCCAUCCUGGACACCAACAUAGACUGUACUCACUGUGCCUUGCAGAUUCGCAACCCUGUUCCUGGCUACCGGCCCCACAUCACCGAUCUAUCCUUCUCGCACGACACCUCCCACAUAGCCGGGUCGUCAGACGAUGGUCUGGUCAGAGUCUGGGAGUUACCUCCCACCAUGGACUUACAGAGGAUGUGUAGGUUGGCCAUCCUGCGGCAGGUUCCCGCACAUAAGGUGUCUCAGUUACCGUUGCCCCCGCUCCUCAAGUCCUACAUCAUCGGCAAUCCCCACUAAAUCAAAUCACAUCUGUCGAUGAAACCCUGGAGGACCACCCUCAGAUUCGUCUUUUCCUCGUCCGAGAAGUUAAGAAACUAAAAAGGGCAAAUGAAGCAGAACUUAAAAACAUGUUGAUGAUUCAUCGUAUGCCCUCGAUGGGACAUGGGCAAUCGUCUCAUCUAACCGCGUCUCUGACCCCACUCUUCAAAUUCCACCACCCUUGCUUUUCCCACCAAGUAACCAGCCUAAGAGAACCUCCUGGUAGAAGGAGUGGACAAAUGGACACGAAAGAGCGCUGUACAAAAUGAACGUGAUAUAAAGUACAGCAGAUAUUUAUUUUGUUGAUCAUUAUAAAUAAUUGAACGAUAAUGGCAGCUGGACUACCGCUUUCUUCGCAAUUUUCGAAUGCUCGUAAAAGACAAUGCAAUGGUGAGCAUUUUAUCUGUUUUUUCCAAAAUAUUUGAUUCGGACUGUGAAUCAAGAAUAAACAAUUAUCUGAAAGUCAAAUAAUAUUUUGAUGAUUGAUGGUGACAAAAAACAGUAAGUCGACUUUUUUUCUUCUGCACUAAGUUCACGUUGCCUUUCAAUGCCCUGAACUCGAAGACAACCAACAGAACUUUGACAGUUCGAAAACUUAGUAUAUACUGCAGACUUGGAACAUGUUCUAACUGUUCAGUGACCACUCACGGAGCCUGAUACGGAUCGUCGACGAUGACAUCAUCAGUGAUGUCAACUAAAGGUCACAUAAAGAGGAGUUGUAAUAACUCGGAAACUGUUUCUUAACGGAAUAUCGUUAAACGAAUUAAAAAAGAAAAAUUCCACUGUCCUUUUAUAUUUGGCGCGGGGUCUCGAAAAUAUGACUUUGCCAAAAAGUCACAUUAUAAUCCCAUUCAAUUUGAAUUUACUCGAUGUGGCCCAUUUACUUAUAACGCAUUCAUUGCAAAAUAUUACAAAGCUAUAAAGGAAAGUGGAACACAUGGAAGGAUUUGUGUUCAAUCUUGAAAAGGACAUGUUCUUGUAUGAAAGCGUAAUUCACACAAAUGAAUAAUUAUGAAGUUUAAACAGUUAGGUUAUGGCGUUUUGCAGACGUCAUAGAGGAAUUAAAAUGUACAUCAAUGUAAUUUAUGCAUAUGUACACGAUAAUAUCUGUAAUGCAUGAAUAUUCAUGAAUGAAAACCCUCGAAUGUUUUAAAGUCAUGCCAAGAAGAAGGGGGAAAAUGUCAGAUUGGUUCAACUUUGGGAAUAUCGACAAGACAUGAACGCUUGACAUGCACUAAAAACAAUCUGGGACUCGUUUUAAAACAAAAGAUGAUGAAAAAUGAUGUUGAUGCUUUCCUCUUUUUGUAAAGAGGAUAAGUUGGAAAGUGAUUCAAUUUUCAUUCUAAUAAUUUUAUCUAAUGAUAUAUUUUUUUCUUUCUUUUUGAGAAGAGAUGAACUUCUCGUUGAAACGAGUCCCAGAAACUAUGACCGCUGUCGCACAAUGCGCAAAUAUCGUCUUGAGCUUUCGUUCAAAUAUAGACUAUUGUUUGUUUUUGUUGGUCUAUCAUAAUAUCUCUUCAUCUUCAAUUAUUAAAUCAGUGUUGAAAAGGAAGUAGACACAUACAUAUUAAACUACUGUUCAUUUAAUAAUAUUUUUUAGCUAUUCGUAAUCAAAAGACCACAUAAAGAGGAAUACAGUAUUAUUAUCAGAUAUAACUUGAUCGCCUUUAUCUAACAUUUCUCUACCAUAGUGUACAAUUAAGUUUUUGGUAAUCUAGAAAUACAUAUCGUAUGAGUUGACUGAAUGGGGACAAUAAUGAUUACACAUAUGCUUUGGUUUGUCAGUCAAUCUAAAAUCCAAAAUCAAAGGUUAAACUUGAAGAUUUAAGCCAAAAUUUUCCCGGAUACAAUAUGCUACUUUAUAUACCAAAUCGACACUACUGGUUUGGAAUGAAAUUCAAUACCGAUAUUUGCGCAGUGUGUGACAGACGGCCAAACUGUAACAUACGGUGUUGGUGUGACGUAGCACUUAGAAAAUAUUAGGACGUACAUGUACUGGCUUUGACAUAUGUGACUAUUUUGACGUUCGAUGGGCAUUAUAUAUAUAUCGUACUUUGAAAAUUUAAUCUUGUCUUGAAAACGUGCAAUUUGGAUUUCCUUAUUUUUUUUAGUCAGGUCUUCGUCGGCGUUUAUCGGUAUUUUGUAGCAUGAUCGAGCAAUAUUCAUAAAUAGGCCUAUUCUUGACGUAUAAGGUAUAUGUAUGCACUAUAGAUUAACAUAUGUGCCUGUAUUUUAAGGGCAAGCUAUUAUGCAGGUAAAUACGACACGGUCACUUUGUAGCUCAGAACAGGGGCGUCGCUAGAGGGAGGGGGAGGGGGGGGGGGGGGUGCGGGGGGAUGGAGAUGUGGCACUCCAUUUUAUAUUUUGUCCUCACCUAUCAAAUUUAGGGUUUUUAGAAUUUGGUGUUGGUAAAUACAAAAUUCUGAGGACAUAAAAAAAAAAAAAAAAAAAAAAUCAUGGUGGAAAAUUUAUUGCUACCCUAUUGUUGGCAAGUUUGGCCCAAAAUUCCUACUCUCCAACAUGGUUAGCAACGCCCCUGGCUCAGACUGGUAAACUAUCACGCAUUGGCUGCACGGGACGCAGAUUCAUAGCCGAUCCGAUGCAUAUCAAGUUAUGUAAAGAGUAGUACAGGCUUUACGUGUGAAGAACAGUUACAAUAGUCUGUUAUACUGAUGAUUCAACAAUGCCACGAUUGUUGUAUCAAUAUUUGUUUUUGUUUUUUGUGUUUGAUGAAAAAAUACUUGCCAUGCGGGCUAUGUGCAAUCGUCAUUAACAUCAUUGAUUAAGAAUAUAAGGGUGAUUAGCUGCUUUCAGCUUGUUCGUUCAGUGUUAAUGAUUAUGAUUAUUUCAUUCUACUUCGAUCGUGUUAGUAAUUGUGUUUAAAAUUCUGUAUUUUAAGUCAUUUAAUUAUUACGUCACUAAGAUGUCCCUUCAUUAUUAUGUGAAGUCGUCACUUUCAUAAUAAUUCUCCCAGUGAAAUGAAAUCCUCAUUUCGUUUCCGCGAUAUUCAAAUUCGAUUAAAACCAAAUUUUGAUGAAUUCUGAUGCAAUAACUUGGCAAAAUUCCGGUAAGUCUGUAUUAGCCCACAUUUUAAAAAGAAGGGCUAAUUAACAAAAAGGGAGUUAAAUCAACAUGAUCAAUUCGUCAUUCAUUUAAAAUAAUACCAGACUCUACAGCAUUAGUCGAGUGAUUUUUUUUACCUUCAAAAUAAAGGGUCUACGUUUAUUGUUGAGCCUUCGUACCAUUCAAUAUUUUUUUCAAAAUUUCCAAUUUCUUUGAUACCUCUUCAUUGACACAUUUUUUGUAUGUGAUCGUCUUUAAUGUCAAAUUUGUUUCAAAUGACCUCAAUCCGCAUCACACCAAUCCGAUACAGGAUUAUCAAUAGUUAGUCUUUACAUCUUUCAAAUUGUUCGGUGUACAUCAUUAGUUGGACAAAGUGCAAUAUUAUCUUACGUUUAAGAAAUCACAAAGGAAGAAAACAGCUAAAAGUAUCAUUUAUUUCAUGAAACGGUCUGUGCAAUAAGAAACAUAUUUCUCUCGAAUUUUUGUGUCAUCCGUUCACACCUUGACCUAACGAUUUUAGAGCUUCUAGAGUAAAAAAAAUGCAGCUAGACACAGCUAGGUAGUUUGAAGAGGUCGUAUACUACAAUACUGUUUUGGCACGUAGUGGUGGACCUCGAGCAAUUAACGAAAUAAUAUUGUUUUUAGUCUCGGUAGAAGUUACCGAUGAAAAGUUAAUUUGGAAUUGCAGGACAUCGUUAUUUAAUGCUGAGGCUUUCAUUGGAAGCCCCACAACAAUCGAACGAAUCGUGAUAAAAAGCUUAGAUUUUCGUAGAAUACAGCAUUAGGAUAUUUAAAGGGCAUAAAGUUCAGCAUACUCUUCGACAUAAUUAUCUACAAACUUCACCGGAUUAAUAUAAAAACCUAAUGACUGUACACCAUUUUGUUCGUUCUGUGAAAUGUAAUUUCUCACUUCAUUUCGUUUGUGUUUAUAUUUUAUUGUCAAUCUUUGUAAAUGAAUCCUGGAUAGAUGCAAUAUUUGUGAUUUACCUUUUAAUUCUUUGAUCUCCAUUUCUAAUGGUAUUGGCUAGGACAAUUAUAGUGCAACUCUUAACUGUCUUGUAGGAAUAAAUAUUUGAUGAAUCGUUUUCUCAUAGACAUUGCUAGAUAGGACAAUCCUGUAAAAUGCCAACUCUUGCGGUAGCAUAUAACGGUUUAUUUUAUUACGCUUGGGUGAAGCAAAAGCUGUAGAAUAGAUCUGCUAUAAUCAUAUUCUCAUUUGCUUUGUUGCCGUGCAACUCUUUCCUUGUAGAAUAGAAACUGCUUUCACAUGCUUGGCUAGGACUUGUGUGCAACUUAUUUAGCUGGAGAAUUGAGCUGCUGUAUCAUUUAAUAGCCAUGUUAGGUUUAGCUCUAACAAUCUCACCUAUAUAGUAGGAUGUAGAUAUAUCAAGCUAUAUUCUACAUGUGGUAGGGAUGGACUGGGGCAAUCGGGCAACUCUUAGUUGGUAUCUGCUCUAACUUUUCCUGUAUUUGGGCUAGGACAACUGUGCAACCAUUUAGGUUGUGGAACAUGAAAAUCUGCUAUAACUCUGCUAUCGUCAAGGACAAUCGUGCAACUCUUAACUUUGUAGAAUAGAAUCUGCUAUAAUUACGUUAUAUUAUCAAGAAUUGACAAGGACAAUCGUGCAACUCUUAACUUUGUAGAAUAGAAUCUGCUAUAUUUUCUCUUAUCAAGAAUUGGCAAGGACAAUCGUGCAACUCUUAACUUUGUAGAAUAGAAUCUACUAUAUUUUCUCUUAUCAAGAAUUGGCAAGGACAAUCGUGCAACUCAUAACUAGUAGAAUAGCAUCUGCUUAAAAUUCUACUGUUGGCUAAAGGACUCUUGUGCAACUCUUAACUUUGUAGAAUAGAAUCUGCUAUAAUUAUGUUCUCUUGAAUUAGCAAGGAAAAUCGUGCAACUCUUAACUGUGUAGAAUAGAAUCUGCUUCGUUUUCUCUUAUCAAGAAUUGGCAAGGACAAUCGUGCAACCCUUAACUUUGUAGAAUAGAAUCUGCUAUAAUUAUUUUCUCUUAUCAAGAAUUGGCAAGGACAAUCGUGCAACUCUUUACUUUGUAGAAUAGAAUCUGCUAUAUUUUCUCUUAUCAAGAAUUGGCAAGGACAAUCGUGCAACUCAUAACUAGUAGAAUAGCAUCUGCUUAAAAUUCUACUGUUGGCUAAAGGACUCUUGUGCAACUCUUAACUUUGUAGAAUAGAAUCUGCUAUAAUUAUGUUCUCUUGAAUUAGCAAGGAAAAUCGUGCAACUCUUAACUGUGUAGAAUAGAAUCUGCUUCGUUUUCUCUUAUUAAGAAUUGGCAAGGACAAUCGUGCAACUCUUAACUUUGUAGAAUAGAAUCUGCUAUAUUUUCUCUUUUCAAGAAUUGGCAAGGACAAUCGUGCAACUCAUAACCAGUAGAACACAAGUUGUUGUAAUUCCCACCUUAUUGAAUGGCAAGGACAAAGUGCUACUCUUUACAUGUAGAAUAGAUGUGCCAUUUCUGCUUUAAAUUAGAUUUCCUUAUAGUAGGUUAUUAUUUUGCAAGUCGCAGAAAAGAGCAGUUCUAUCUUCAUACUUCACUAGUCAGGAUAUAUGUAAUAUAAUAUCCCCUAGAUCAGAAUCAAUUGACGAUGUAUUUAGGGCUUACAUUGAAAAAAAAGUAGUAUGGUAUAGUAAUACUAUAAUACUAAUUUUGUUCAUAGUAGUAAGCGUAUAUGUCAAUACAAUGUAGGAAAGAUCCCUAUAUACUUGUACGUGUACAUUGAUCGGGCAGAGGCAAUAUGUUCUUAUAAUCUUUUCUACCUAAUAUUGGAGCCCGAUUGGCUAGGACUUACUGUGCAACUUUUCUUUUGAAUGAUACUUUUUGAGUUUUACACUUUAAUUUAGAAGAAGGCAAACAAAAUUAGAAUGAUGUCAGGUACAUGCAAAAUUAUCCAGGAUUUUUUCUUUUCUUGAUUAAGUAACACUGUUAUAAUUUUGUUUCCCUAUGCUAUCACACAGUUCACCUGUUUCAUUGGAUAUAAUAUUUCACAAAUGUAUUGUGUUAGAUCAUCGUAAUAAGGCAAUCGCAAUUUUAAUUUAGAGGGAAGAAAAACCCCAAGCUUCAUGAUUUGAAUUUUGAAGUAUUCCGUCACUGUUCGAACAUUGAUUUAUUUUACUAAAAACUAAGAAGGUGCGUCAGAUGUUUGUUUUAAUUUAUUCGUACAUGGUUAUUCACAUCGUUCUUUUCGAUUUUGCACUGAUUUAUGUCAACAGAAUGCAAACAUCGUCUAAAAGCCCCAUUUAAUUCGGAUACCACCCGUUAUCAAUUAUGAAUAUAUAUCACUCAAUAAUUAAAGGGUUUCUUGCACAUAUUUCUAGAGAAAACAUAUCCAUGGUACGAUAUGCAGAUCAGUCAUUUAAUUUUGUGCGUGUGUGUGUUUAUUAAUGUUUGUUUUUUCCAUUUGUGACCUGUGACCUUUAACCUUGCGCUCUAGAACCAAUUGUGAUAAUCGUGGUUUGAAAAUCAGGUACUCGGCAGUAAAUACAGUACAAUCAGGCUUUUAUGAGCAUAGAGACUAUUAUAGUCGUCACUUUCACUCAAUGGUAUAGGUUGUCAUGACUUGUAAGUGUAUCUAUGUAAAUUAUGUGGACCAAACUGCGUGGUGUAAUUAAUGUUUUAAUUUAUUUCGAUUUGAAAUAAAAAGUAACAAAAUAGCAA